AUGCCCCCUUAUCGGUUAGUUUUUGGUAAAGCAUGUCACUUAUCAGUUGAAAUCGAGCAUAAAGCCUAUUGGACAGUUCGGCGAUGCAAUAUGGACAUAGACAAAGCUGGGAUGUCAAGGCUACUGCAAUUGUAUGAAUUGGAGGAGUUACGAUUGAAUGCUUAUGAGAAUUCAAGAAUUUAUAAAGAGAAAUCCAAGUUAUUCCCUGAUAACAUACUUAUUAGGAAACAAUUUGAGAUUGGUCAAAAAGUGUUGUUAUAUAAUUCUCGAUUGAAGCUUAUGCCUAGUAAGUCUCGUUCUCAGUGGAUCGGUCCAUUUGUUGUUACUAAUGUAUUUCUCUAUGGUGCAGUGGAAAUUAAAAGCUUGGAUUCAAAUAAGAUUUUUAAAGUGAAUGGUCAUAGAUUGGAGAUCUUCCAUGAAGGUGAAAUUGCUCCAUGUCUCAUUAGUUUUCCUUUAGAUCACCCUACUUAUUUGGAUGAUUGA